UUUCAACUUCCAGGAUAGAAGCAACUAACAACCAUGGAUCCCGACAGCAGUCCCUCCGACCAACCCCCGGUAUUCAACUAUAUUCUCUCCUUCCUGCUCGUUGGUGUCGCAUGGGGCUUCACCACGCCAUUCAUCCGCCGCGCGGCGGCGGACUUCAACGCGCGACAGGAACAGCUGCGAUUACUCCAAACAGAGCUCCAGCCUGCACAAUCAACCAGCAACGAUGGCGAACCCGAUCGCAACAGCAGUGACCCCGCUGCUGACAGCGAGAGCGAGAGCGAGAGCGAGAGCGAUGAAGAUCAACCCCUACCUCCUCCUCCUCCUCCUCCACCACCAGGAGCAUCAGCUACAACCCCUCGCCCAGCCUGGAUGCACACCCGGCCAUCUUCGUCGUGGCUGAAAACAAAGAUAGUAUCGGUUUUCUGGACGGUGGUGAACUUGUUGCGGACCCCCGCUUAUUUGAUACCGCUGGUGAUUAACCUUACGGGGAGUGUUUGGUUUUUUCUCUUGGUUGGGCAGCACGAGCUUUCCCUGACAGUGCCCUUGGCGAAUUCGAGUGCGUUCCUGUUCACGGUUCUGGGUGAAUGGUAUGUGGAACGAAAGGUGAUUGCAAAGGAGACGUGGUUAGGGAUGGCGCUGGUUCUUGGAGGAGUUGCGAUCUGUGUUAGAUCAAAGGCUUGAUUGCUUGGUGUACGAAGUAUAUAGAGUAUAGAUAUACUAGGCUUAUUUUAUUUUAUUUUAUAUAUUUUUCUUAGUUAACG